CCGCUUACCAUUGCGAUUCUUUUUUGCUUAGGAGAAUGAAAAGGAACAUCCAUCAAAAUCGGGAUCGAAUGGGACCAAACCGACAGAAGCUUCGGGCACCAACACGCCAAAGCCAAGUAAAUCAGAGGAGACGCCAGUUUCCUCCGUAGAGACAACCCCCUCUCCCGCCACCUCACCUCCUGCAACCUGUAUCGGAUUGGAUGGUGAGAAUAGCGAGAUCGAAUCCGUACUGAGCAACCUUCCCUCCUGCGUCUUGCCCGAUGGAAAACCGGCAACCAAGCCCCCAAAGAUGCCAACGCCUGAGACGCCUGAGACCCCCGAGACUACACCGACCAAGACUACUACGCCAACGUCAUCUACCGAAACUCAAAAAACAUUGCCCACUGAUGAGACGCUUCCAGAAGAAUCCAAUGUUGAGACUCCAAAACCAUCGUUAACUGAGGAAACCCCAGUAGCCUCGCCUGUGGAGACGCCAGAAGCAUCGCCGGUUGAAACCCCUAAAGAAUCACCUAUUGAGACUCCAAAAACAUCUCCUACUGAUGAUACUCUUCCAGAAGCUUCACCGGUAGAGACUCCAAAACCAUCAGUAACCGAUGAGACUCCAGAUGUAUCACCUGCUGAGACUCCCGAAACAACGCCUGCUGGUACUGCGGAAACGUCACCCGACAAUGCUACGCCUACAGAUAUAUCAGGGGACCAAUCAAACGCUAAACCACCAUCGACAGAAGGUGACGCUGAAAACAUAGCAACGCCUACCACCACGACAUCCACAACCACGACCACGACCACGCCAGCAAGUGAAUUUACGCCCAAGUCCAAAUAUCGCUACCAAACGUAUUCGUGGUUAAGCAAUUCGUUCAGUGUGCCUAUCCCUACGCACACCUCGAGUUCGAGUUCGAGCUCGGUCAGUGAUGCGGCCAAGGCAUCCAAUGGUGCCGUCGAAACACCGCCUCCUGUCCCUGUGAACGACAAUCUUCCAGAAUACAUUGCACCUAAUCUGGAUUCGAUUAUUCCAGGUAAUAGCUCUUUAUAAGGAUUUGGAAUCAAGAAAUGCAAAAUGUCUAACAUAAAAU